AUGGCGCUCCCUCCUCCUGGUCUGGGUGGGGGAGGACCUCGUGCCGGUCCUCCCCCGGGGUUCGCCAGUAUGGCUCUUAACAAUGGACCAGCCACUGGGGGUGGAGCCAACGAUUCAUCAGCUCUAGCCAUUGUCAAAGCUCAGAUUGUAUUCUUGCUCUCCUCGAUGACAGAAGAGAGCUUUGAAAGAACAUCGAAAGAGCUCAAAAGCCAUUUUCUUAGACGAGCGGCAAUGGCAUGUCAAGCUAUCAUGCAAGAGGCCAUACGACAUUAUCAACAGUACAUGGACGAUCCGGCUGCUCCUCCAUUGGAGUUACCCAAGAGUUCUAACAGUGCAUUGGCAUGGCGACUUCUCCUCGUGGAGGCUGUGAGAGCAGCUAAGGAUAUCUCUCUCGCUCCUCAUUUCGCCGUUGUCAUGCUCUCCUCAUAUCAAUCCACUGCUCUACCCUUACCUCACCUUCGCAUUCUCGGUUUAUCUCCUUCACUAGAUUUUUCUCUCUCCGCCUACGCCUUAGCUACUCCUCAUAUCUUUCCACCUACUCAUCCAGCGCAUGAAUCGGUUGUCAAUCUCCUCCGACAAUCUCUUGGCAGAACCCUCGAUCUUCUCCGCGCUCCUAAUCUCCCAUUCUGGUACAUAGACACAAUACCUCACCACCCACCCAUCAUUGACGAUCUCACAUUACAAGAAGCCAGAACUAUUAUACUCGCCGUUUAUCCUAAAUCAUCUUCCUCUGGACAAAACUCACCUUCCCGAUCUCCUUCACCCGCAAACCCGACCUCUCCCCAUCCGUCCUUCCUUUCAUCCCCCCAAAGAGGAGCUUUACUCAAUGCUCUGACGAUCAAAUUUUCAUCACCGGCUAUCAUCCUUCAAACCCUCUCAGCUCUCUCCCCAGGGGGCAGACCAGGAAGUGCAGAAGCUAUACCUCUCGAGGAUAUACUGUUCGAGCUUGGAGAAAACCUCACACAGGAUGAGGGAACAGUUGAGGCAGUGAUCACGCGAUGGUGGGCGCGAUGGCUGCUUGAAGGACCUCGAGAAGAGGUAGAGCAAAGAGUGACAGAAGAAGCCAGCAGAACAGUGUUGGGCUUAUGCGAGGGAAUGCGGGAUGGACGCAUCACAGAUGUUCAUGGAGUGGUCAAAGGUCUGAGUGCGAUCGACACCAUCAACUGGUCUCACGUGCUGAAGUCUUUCGACGCACCUUCCAAUAUCCUCGCUCAACAUUCGUCCGGACAGCUUUUGCUCGCCCUGUUGUUGAUCCCGCCGCAAAACCCACAUCCUCCCAUUGCGGGUCUCUAUCCCGCCGCCGCCGAUCAACCUAUGUGGGCCAACCUAUCAAACCUGGUCGCAAUCACUCAACGCUUGACUUCCAUCCCACCAGACGUAUGCCCUAUUUUCACGAUAGACAAUCCUCCUUCUCCUACCUCCUUCGCCCGCGUUGUCGACCCUCCAAUCAAUGAAUCCUCCAUGAGCAAAGUGGCCCGUCAACAAGCUCGCGAGAUUCAGGGAGCAGGCGUCUUCAAUGCCCUCGGUCUGUUGCAAGUGCUGUUCGCUGCGUGCAGUGUGGGUGACGGGGACCAAGAUGGCAGUGAACUUGCCAAUGCUGCUUCUCAGAUCCUGGAGCGAGCCACCAACCUUGCACCGGAGCUGGUCUUGCUGGCAACUGAGAAACUCCCUCAACCUCUUCCGGCUGCAAUUGCUGAGCUGCAAACUCGGCUACUGGCUUUAUAUCUUUCUACCCCACCCGCCAACAUCACUGCCUCACAACUUGUUUUCCAUCAAAUGUGGCAAAACAACCCAGACUAUCUAAUGUCAAUAUUACUCGAGUACUACGGAGAGGAUGAGCACAAUCUGAGCAGAGUCGUGGAGAUCGGCAUCGAGAUAAAGAUCCUGGAUAAACUCCUUGCCUCAAGUAAUUUGCAUUUUUCAUUCGAUGUUGCCGCCCUCGUAUCGAACAAAGACUACCUGAAUCUGGAAGAGUGGCUUUCCGACGGUGUCGCCGUGAACGGCUCUGACUUCCUGCAUGGCAUUUUCGACUUUGUUGAACACAAAAUCCGAUUGGAAUCAGAUCAUAGUCAUCUUCCCGAAAGCUCCCCUCCCCUUCUUGACACGCUAGGAGAAGAUGUCUACUCCAUUUUCAUCCGGGUAGUUCGAAAUGCCGACAACCUCACCCCCGAUGACAUUGCUCGCUUCAAAAACCUUCGAACCGAAAUCCUCAUCCUCCAGCCGCGUUUGCUCAACUUACGACCGGGCAACAAUGACGAGCAUGGCUUCCAUGUCGCCAAAUUCAAUGCCGAAAUGCGAGAACGGGUGGACGAAAUGUACCGACGCAUGUACAGCGAAGAGAUCAAAUUGGACGAUAUCGUCGCAGACCUCAAGAAAUGCAAAGAGUCGGAAGACGAUACAGAUCGGGAAUUAUUCGAUUGUGCUCUUCAUUCGCUUUUCGACGAGUACAAAUUCGUUCGCUCAUAUCCUCCUAAAGAACUGGCGAUGACUGGGAUACUGUUCGGCGCUAUCAUCGACGAGCGAUUAGUCAAGGACACACCAGCUUUCGUAGCUACGCGAUACGUACUGGAUGCUUGCAAGUCAUCUCCACAGGAGAAAUUCUAUCAGUUCGGUAUCAACGCCCUCAGUGUCCUUCGCCGAUCACUGGUCGAUUUUCCAGGUCUGUGUCGAUCCCUUCUCGAGAUACCGGCCAUACAUGAGUCUCAUCCGGUCCUCGUGAACGAGAUCACAUCCGCGUUGGCCGAGAGAGAGGAGAUGGACCAACAGGGUGGCAUCAAACUCGCUUUCCCCGCUCUCAAACUACCAAUUCUCAUCGAAGAAGGCGAUGACGAGUUCAGGGAGCCAGAUCCCAAAAAACGCGACGCAAUCAUGUUCAUCAUCAAUCAAGUCUCAGCUUCGAAUUUUGAGACCAAGAGCCAAGAUCUGGCAAAACUUCUUGAGGAUCAGUGGUCGCGAUGGUUUGCACAUUACUUUGUCGAUGUGCGGGUCAGCUUGGAACCCAACAUGCAGCCGACGUAUGUUGAGAUUAUGGAUGCCCUUCAUUCUGCCGUCUUCGAAAAACAUGUUCUGUGGGAGACUUACCGCAAGGCUCGCGACCUGUUAAACUCUGAGCAAACACUCGCCUCCUCUACCGAGCGGGUCCUCCUGAAAAAUAUCGCGAUAUGGUUGGGGAAAAUUACCCUCGCCCGUAACAAACCAAUCAGAAUCCGCGAAUUGUCCCUCAAAGACCUCCUCAUUCAAGGCUAUGACAACAAGCGACUCAUCGUGGCAUUACCAUUUGUCUGCAAUGUACUCGCCUGCUGUCGCUACUCGAUCGUUUUUCACCCUCCCAAUCCGUGGCUGGUCGGUAUUCUCAGCUUGUUGGUCGAGUUCUACCAUUAUGCCGAGCUUCGACUCAAUCUCAAAUUCGAAAUCGAGUUGCUUUUCUCUGCGUUGGAGAUCCAACUCGCGUCAAUAGAGCCGGCCAACGUUCUCAGAGUUCACGUCCCUCCACCUGCACCUGGUCCAGAUGUGCCCAAUCGUCUUGAACUCGAGCUCCACAGGGCAAUGUCAGAGAUGAUAGGUGGCACACAACGCUUCAAUGAGCCGCCGGUCAACGAUGCUAUGGCUCGCAUACACCAGAUCCAAUCCGAACAGGCUGUCGCUGCCGCACAUGAAGCGUUCCUGCGCCGGGUAGACGAGUUGAUCUCGCAACUUCCAGAGCAGCUCAUCUUCAGCCCAGACUACCCAAUCUUCCAAGCUCCUACCCUGAAGCGGGUUGUGCAUCACUCAAUCGAUCGAUCCAUUCGGGAGAUCAUUACGCCUGUCGUCGAACGCUCAGUUACCAUAGCGGGCAUCUCGUCUCGAGAUCUGGUAUCAAAAGAUUUUGGUAUGGAGGGCGAUCCGGCAAAGCUCCGUCAUGCUGCCCAUUUGAUGGUCCAGAAUCUGGCCGGCAGCCUGGCCAUGGUCACUUGCAAAGAGGCUCUGCGCACCAGCAUGAUUGGCAACGUGCGAGCCAUGCUAGCGCAGAACGGAUACACAGAUGAGAACAUGCCAGACAUGAUGAUUCACGGUGUUGUCAACGACAAUCUUGGUCCGGCUUGCGCCAUCGUUCGAAUUGCUGCUAUGGAAAAGGCAGCCAAAGAUAUCGACGUCAAUCUCGGUCCGCAAUACGCUGCGAGGAAGGCUCACAGAGAGUCGCGAAAUCAACAACCAUUUUACGACCCCGCUUCGUUCUCUGUCGUCAUUUCCAACGCCGCACUACCGGAUCCUUUGAGGUUGCGGAGUGGCGGGCUCAGUGCUGCUCAGGCUAGGGUAUAUGAGGAUUUCAGUGAACCUCCCAAGCUGGCUCAAGCAUCUGGCCCCAUGAACGGCGAUCAUCUUACGGCAUCUUAUCGUGAACUGAGCAUUCAAGAUUCGCUCAUCCCCGGUGACAUCAAACAUGGACCUUCACCUCGACCUUAUUUGACCGACGAGGUUGAACGGGUGGCAUCACCUGCUUCAGUCACUUCUCAAGCCAAAAUGCUCGAAAAAUUCCACGAUAUAGUCGGUGAGAUCGAACGACUCAUUGCCGAAGCUCAAGUCGACGACAUCUCGGAGCUUCCGCCCAAUCACGAGAUCCGUUCGUUGGUUCAUGCCAUCGUGCUCCGAGCAGCGCAGUCCUCGGACAGGGAGGCGACUGUUUUGAUGUCUGCACAGAAGACCGUGCAACUCUUAUACAAGUCCAAAUCUCCGCUCGGAAGGGACGUCUAUACCCUGAUGCUGCAGAGGUUGUGCGAGUUGUCCGGCAAAGUGGGAAAAGAAGUCAGGCAGUGGGUCAUAUACUCGGACGAUCUGCGAAAACUCAAUGUGCCCGUGACUGUCAAUCUCAUCAGAGCGUCAUUCGUCCAAGCCGCGGAGCUGGAUGCUCAAAUUGCCAAUCUCCUCCUUCGCUCUUCCACUCCAGAAGUCAUCACGUACGCCGCGGAACUUAUUCGUCACUGUUGCCUCAUCGAUCAUCCUCUGGUCCCCCGCAACGGCUUUGCCGCCACUCUUACGGCUCUCGUCAAUCUCCACGACAGUGGGCAGCCCAUGAGGGUCGUCGAUGACUUACUGGAUGAUCUCCGUGUCGGACGUGAUCGAUUACGUGAUACCCCAGUUAUAUCCAAUGGCGACGACGAACAUAAACCCGCUGUCGAUGCCAAGUUGUCCGAGCGACUCGCCCACUUCUUCCUCGACUGGGUACGGGUCUUCAGAUCCAGCAAGAAUCCAGAAGCUGCUUUCGUUCCGUACAUUCAGUACCUUCAGAAAGAGAAUAUUCUCAGCGGCGAAGACGUCUCCUCAGCCUUCUACCGUACGGCCAUCAAGACAGCAAUCGACCUGGACUCUUCUCGUAACGCCGAUGGACAGCUACAAUUCUUUGGUACCGAUUCGUUGGCAAAACUCAUCAUCCUCAUCGUCAAGAACUAUGGCGACAAGAGCGGGGCUGCGAGCGUUUCACGCGCAGUGUACUAUUAUAACAAGAUCAUGACCAUCAUGUCGUACUCUCUCGUUCAAACUCAUCUAGAGCAUGGCGAGAAUUUCGAUCAACGCCCAUGGACGAGGUUCUUCACCAGCAUGUUGAGCGAGCUAGGAUCUCUGGAACGAGGUCUACCGGACACAUUCCAUGGGUGCAUGAAACACUUCGCCAACUCACUCGGCAUCACUCAACCCGUAUAUGCCCCAAGAUUCGCCUUUGGUUGGUUUUCCAUCGUCACGCACAGGCUUUUCAUGCCCAAAAUGCUGCAAGGACCGAGAGACGACGGUUGGUCGGAAUAUCAUCGAUGCCUCAUGUGGAUGCUUCGUUUCUUAUCACCCAUGCUCAAGACGGGUGAUAUGACAGCUUCGUCAAGAUUCCUCAUCCGUGCUACCCUUCGUCUUAUGCUCGUUCUCCUUCAUGAUUUCCCUGACUUCUUAUCCGAGUUCUACCAUACGCUCUCAACUGCCAUCCCCACCACUAGCGUCCAGAUGCGAAACGUCGUCCUCUCCGCUUUCCCAUCGUCUGAAGCGCCUCUCCCUAGUCAUUACGCCUCCCUUGCGGAACUUGUCCCGCUCAUGCAACGAUUCCCUACAGUUCGCUCGGACUACGUCUCCAUUCUCAAUUCCGGCAAUCUCAAAGCUGGCAUCGACCAAUUCGUACGAAAUGGUCAACCCACCCCACAGAUCCUCGCUGGUGAACUCAAGAACCGCAUAGCCGUCAAGACUCUCGCAUCGGAUGGAACACCGACCAUCACAUGGAAUCAUACCAUGCUUCAUGCUGUCACCUUUUACCUCGGUACUUCAGCUAUCGGUCGUCGUGCGAGCCAAUCAGGUCAUGCAUCAUUCGACCCGCGUGCGGGUGAAGUCACUCUUCUGACUCAUCUGGCUAUAGUUCUUCCGCCAGAAGGACAAUACUAUCUUUUAUCUGUCAUUGCGGAUCAACUUCGUUAUCCCUCCGCUCACACUCUAUUCUUCAUUUCUUACGUCCUCUAUCUAUUUUCCGCCUCUUGCCGUUCAGCCACCGAGACGCCAAAUGAUUUGGCCGAACGUAUCGCCCGUAUCCUCCUCGAGAGGGUUUUGGUCAAGAAGCCUCACCCGUUCGGGUUGGUGGUUGCGUUCAUCGAGUUGCUCGAUAAUGACCAAUACGGGUUUUUCGAUCAAGGUUUUAUCAAGGCAGAACCGGAAGUAGCGGCACUCUUCUCGCAAGCUAGGGGUAAUUUUAAACGCCAUCAGGUGUAAUACGGGAUCUUUGGUUUUCAAUCGCAUAGGGAUCCCAAUUUUAGACUGAUUCUCUUACUCUGGGUAUUGGUCAUCUGGUCAUUUGUGUUCAACAAGCAUCGUCGCAUUCCAACAUCCGAACCUAUCCUAUACCCCUCUUUCCAUCAACGCUGUAUGUUUUAAAUGAAGUGAUAAGAAGAAAUAAACGAUUAUACCCUGUGUUUGGUUGGAGAAGGACCUUAAAACGCUCUAAUGCGAAUGCAGAGUGGAGAUGGGAGAGAAGGAAGGGCGAGGGGGAGAGUGAUGUAAGCUUCAGGUCGGGGCGGAAGCCUCGGUUGGAGUAGUGUACAGUUUUUAAAGGGAAUUACUCGAUUUAACUCGAUCCAAAUGCAAUGCAUGGCAUGUAGUGUG